AUGGAUUGCUCAUUUCUAUUCGGCUCCCAGAGUAUCACGAGGCUCAUAUGCGCAGCUAUCGCUUACAUCGGCUUCACCAAAUUCCAGAAAGUCGAGUGUGUUGGGGUUAAGGAAUCCCCGGCGGGAGAAGUCGUCGUGUCACCGCAAAGCGUACUGGCCGCGGACUCGUUGGUGUCCGACAUCGAAGUUACCGAGAAUGGCGCAAAAGACAUCGAUAAUUGUCGCAGAGAGGGGAAUGUAGCGUUCAAUUCUACCACUGUGGGCGGCAAGUCGGCCUUGGAGCGCCUACACGCCGACGAAGUUGCAGCGAUCCAGGCCAACAGGGCUCAUGGUACCGCCCGCGAGCUAAAUGAUCAGACCGCUCUGGAAUUCAUUCAGAUGAUUUUUAACGAGCACUUACCGAGGAAGGAAUUUUGGCUGUGCUGGUUUCGCAACCGCCUGCUCAGCCUUACGGAGCCAUCCGAAACAUCCUCGUCGCCUACUGCAGCGCCCUCUGGUAACGAUGAGUUGGAUUCACCAACGGGGUCUAGCGCCGGGAGGAACGUCCGCGGUGCACAGUACAACGACACGGCCGAUAAAAGGUCAGGCGUAAGUCAGGAUGCCAAUGGAAGCAGUAUUGCGAAAUCGUCCCAGGACAUCUGCAGACUCAGUAAAGUCUGGCAGUUUACUAAGGGAUUAUACGCAUUUGCCAAAUCGAUGCUAUUCCGUGACACUACGGAAACCAAUGUCCCUAGAAGGUCAAUAAAACGCGCCCUCGCGGAUUGUGGCAGGGCUGUUGCUGGGAAGGUUGGCAGGGGUGUUGUUAGCGCCGUGUCUACUGUGAGCUCUGUGCUCGGCUACAAUGACACACCCUUCCAAAACAUGAAGCAUAUUAUCAUGCAUUUGUUUUCCCCAGAAUCGGAGGUCAAGGAGGGCCCGGAAGAGCCGGCACAUGCGGCCCUAGACGAGGAAUGCUUCCUGGAAAAGAUGGCCCGACUCAACGCCUUCUACCAACUUGAGAUCGCCAACACGCCUAUAUAUGCAGACAGGAGAUCAUUUUACGGCCCGGUGCCCAAGACGUUGCACGUCGCCAAUGCUGAGGCGCCAUUCGAAACCGCGCGUUGCCGGAGCGCCGCACAUUACGUCGUCGUGUCUAGCGGGAAAUUUGCGUCAUUAUCGCUGUACACCUUGUUUGCAGUGAUGUUACUCAUAUAG